CCGGCUCGCAUCAGCAGACGGCUGGAAGUGGGCCGUCUGAUCUGACGGCGGGAAGCUCCCCGGGAGCUUAAGGCGACUCUCGAGCCUUGCAGUCCGUCGGUCGGUGUACGGUCGCCGGCGCUCGUGCGUGGGGCGCCGGCGGCGGGUCGCGAGGAUGCGGCCCGCUGCGUCUGGCGUAGCCCUGCUGCUUUGGUGUCGUGCUCUGGCUGGACGUCGUAACCUUCGUCGUCACCGUCAUCGUCGCUGUGUUUGCGGGGCGCCGUGGUGACGCCGUUACGGCUGCCACGACGGCGCGCAUGUCUCCCGACAGACCGAGGUCGAGCCCAGUUUUCUCUGAAGGUGACGAAGGCGGCGGUGGUGGUGUGGCCGGGGUCCGACGAGCCUUUAAGUUCCGCAGUCUACGAACUUUGGCUCGAACCCACCUAGCCAAAGCCGUCAACAGGACUAGAGAAUUUCGCGAAUCUUCGGAGGCUAGGCUCGGCCUCUGUGGUUGGAUCCUCACCGUCUUGUCCUUUGCGAUCGUCGUGGUCACCUUUCCGUUUUCACUGCUCUUUUGUAUCAAAGUUGUCCAGGAAUACGAACGUGCCGUCAUUUUCCGCCUGGGAAGACUUCUGCAGGGGGGUUCGAAAGGACCCGGAAUCUUUUUCAUCCUCCCGUGUAUCGAAAAUUACACCAAGGUUGAUCUCAGGACGCUAACCUUUGAUGUUCCACCCCAAGAGGUGCUGACCAAGGACUCUGUGACGGUAUCCGUCGACGCGGUGGUGUACUACCGGGUGCAGAACGCGGCGGUGUCCGUGGCCAACGUGGAGAAUGCUCACCACAGCACCCGGCUCCUCGCUCAGACUACGCUGCGAAACAUCCUCGGCACCCGGAACCUGCACGAGAUACUCGCCGACAGAGAACAAAUCUCCAACGCCAUGCAGAGCGCCCUGGACGAAUGCACCGAUGCUUGGGGCAUCAAAGUUGAGCGGGUGGAAAUCAAGGACGUGCGUUUACCGGUUCAACUGCAGAGAGCCAUGGCUGCAGAAGCCGAGGCUGCCAGAGAAGCACGAGCAAAGUUGAUCGCCGCCGAAGGAGAGCAGAAGUCGUCUCGCGCCUUGAAGGAAGCGGCGGACGUUAUGUCCCUCAGCCCAGCAGCUCUGCAGCUGCGCUACCUCCAAACCCUCAACACUAUCUCCGCGGAGAAGAACUCGACCAUCAUCUUCCCGCUGCCCAUAGACUUUCUCACAUGCUUCAUGCCACACAAGAAAAGGCACGCCGCUGCGGCAGACGUAGAGGCCGCACUGCACCGAGAAUAGCCGUCAUCGCCCCUUUUCUCUUCACGCCUUUGGAAUUCUCUUCGUGUCGUGGUGUUCCACCACGACCACCUUUCCGAGCAUAGUCCAGAUCAGUCUUGGGUAGUAACUAAGUUACUUUUAACUUGUAACUGUAACUAGUUACUUUUGGGGUUAACUAGUUACAGUAACUACUUACAUUUCCAGAAAAGUAGCUUUUAACUGUAACUAGUUACUAUUUCUGUGAAUGUAACUGCAAAAUGUAACUAGUUACUCGUAUAAAUGUUCUAUCUUUUUUACGUACGUAUUUUUCCCUGUGGGAGAGUCACAUAUUGACUUAUACAGCUUCUGGUUAAGUGCAAUAAUACUUUUAUCGCACUUAAGUAUAUGUAAACAAAUGUAUGUUUUUAACGAUUGUACUAUCACCCUCUCAUGGUCAUUUUUAUAAAAAGUAACUGUAAUGUAACUAAGUUACUUUCUCACAGUCACUGUAACUCUAACUAGUUACUUGACCAAGAAAGUAACUAUAACUGUAGCUUAGUUACUUAGCCAAGAAAGUAACUAUAACUGUAACUUAGUUACUUAGCCAAGAAAGUAACUAUAACUGCAACUCAGUUACUUUCUAGAAGUAACUUACCCAAGACUGGUCCAGAUACUUUGUUCUUUUCUGCACACAGGCUCUUAUCCUAUCCUGAGUGUGAAGGUCACACCUUUACGCGAGGGGGGAAGAGCUAAAGGGUAUCACGAAAGGAAACUUCAAGCACACAAAGCAGAGAGAUCUGCUGUCGCGCUUGUUUCUUUUAUUUUUUUUCGUAAAUCAGCGUGUACAUAAAGCCUUGCAUCAUAUAGUGCCUGACACCGCAGUACACCGUUCUUAACGUGGCACCGAUUUCCGAACCUCCAAAGGUGGGAGUGAGUAAACAUAUACACAAAGUGCACGGGACUUGCAAACGAUUGACAUUCCUGUUCUCGUUGAUGUCUUACUGGAUUGCGAUUCUUGUAAAGGGAAAUAUCAUAAACGUCGGCGACAUGGUACAGUAAUUGUUAUGAACCACUACUGUGUAUGUAGAAAGAUUGAUAUGAGUUGUUUGCGGUUUUGCUUAGCAUGCCAUAAGAGGUCAAUCGGCUUCCGGUUUGAGUGACACGAAAUGUUUGUCCAUUUGAUAACUAUGCACUUUUCUGUAGAGUGCUGAAACUGACAUCCACAUGCCAAACGCACAUUUAUCGUUCAUUUAGAACAGUAUUGUCACACUAGAAAAGUUACCGUGCCAGCUAAUUAUGAAAAUCAUUUUUUAAAUCCCGAACCUUUGGUUUGUCGCACUUUGUCAUCCAACUGGAAAUCCGCAGUAAAUUUCGUAAAAGCGGCCGAUUAAAUUUGUAAUAGUAAUUCGUGACUAUGCCUCGCGAAACAACUCUGAUCAGAUUAAAUCAGCUUUCUUUGAUCCAAACACUUCAUGAACGAUCUUGUCUAUGACGUAACCAAACAUAAACAGCUAUAUGUAUAAGCAUAUAAAAUUAUGAUACAUGAAACUAUGUAAUAAUAAGAAUACAGUCUCUAGGAUAACCUUAUAGCCUGUGCUCUCGCUGGUCCACAGAGCGACAUACGAACCCCACAAUGUAAUUUAUCCAUUUCUGGGGCACGUGCUAUAUGCCUGAAAUUGUGACUAUGUAGUGACUUUCGCAAUACACAUACACACACACAUUUUCUGUGCGCAUUUAUACGAAAUCUCGACAUCAUAUUCUCGAUGCAUGUGCGAAGGCCAUCAUUACUUUGUACUUUUUUACGCGAAGCGUGGUCGAGGAUGUCCAUGUUGCAGUCUGCCGCGUGGCGAUAGGCUGUUGAGGAACCGGCCCGAUAUAUAACCUCUGCCUUCUGCUAAAUGAACGUGCCUGUCGCCUGACCGUGAGCCCCAUAGGCCGAACGUGCAGCCCCCGAACGAAGCUAUGUCGUAAUGGCUGGGCCGAACCCUUGAACGCACGCACAAUUUCCCGCCAGAAGGCUGCUCAUUCUCUCCAAAACAGAGGCAACUGUCAGCGUUGCCAGAAGACGCCAAACUUGACAUACCUGACCCCGUGCUGUCCUGCGAGAUAGACGCGCCGAGAAGAAAGAGAGAGAAAGAAAGAAAAGAAACUUAGAUAUGCAUAUAUAUAUAUAUAUAUAUAUAUAUAUAUAUAUAUAUAUAUAUAUAUAUAUAUAGAAAUAAGAAUAAGCGAGGCUUCGGCGGAAGUUUACAGUAAACUAGAACACCAAUAAUAUAUUAUGAGUUAAGGGGACUGUUAGUUAUGCUAUUCUAAGGCCGGAGUCACACUGGUUAUACAUUAUACACGAACAUCCCGUCAUACAUGUAUGAUCAUACAGUGCUGGUCACACUGCUUAUACACCGGCAAAAUGUGUUUUAAAACACGUAUGUAUAACCAGUGUGACCGUGUCGUCAUACAAGCAAGCGCUCCGACUGUGUUUGACAACAUGUUUCAAACACACGACGGUGUAUUUGGGGUAGAAGUGCAAGGGUGCAGGCGAGCUGGUGCAUUGUAAAAC